AUGGCCGACGACCGACGCCAACCCACGACUCCAGAACCACGCCACCACAGGGCUGCUUACGCGGCGACGACAACGGGCGAGUCGAGCAGGAGCGCCGGCGGGGGCAGCAGUAGUGCCACGACCGAUCCUCGCCACGAGAACGAAGACGAGCCGCGCCUGAGUAGCGCUUUUAUCCUGAAGGAUGCGACUUCCCGUGUCGACAACAAUGAAUAUUCGAAGCGUCGGUCGAGGAGUGCCCAGCAUAAUGACUACAAGGGCAAGGAGUCGAAUUCACCCUUGCGACGGCCGACCUCGCCGACUCCGCCGAUGUGGAGAAAUUCCCGAGAACCAGAGUCCCCUACCGCACGCGGCGACGGCAUAGCCGUGACCAAGAACAUGGGUCAGCAGCCAGCGGCGACGGCAGCAGCAGCCCUGGAUGCGGACUCAACGCAGAUUGUCAACAUGGCACUGAACCUGAGCGAGUCCCGCCGCUGGGCCUCGUCCCGUCGACAUGCUUCGGCCUCAAACCCGCCGCGUCUGGCUCCACUCCCAGACUCGGCUCCCAGGAACAAUCUGGGCGUGUACCUUCAGCAAAACAGCAGGGCCUCUCGCACGGGACCGCCCAGGACACCCUCGGGGCUCAGAGCGAGCAGCUCUAUGCUAGCCUCGGGGCAUGAUAAUAAUAAUAAUAAUGGUGGCCAGGAUGGGACACAGCAGCUCCCAUUUCAGGUCUCAGCGUCGACGCUCGCCAGAGUGCAAAAGGCCAAGGAUCAUCUCGAGCUCAUGGCCGAGUACCGCCGUCUCCUCGCAUAUCUACCCCCGCUGAAACCCGGCCACGAAGCAUCAGGCUCCUCCGCUAGUAAUCAGGGGUCCCCCAAGGCGACACCGAAGAAUUCCAGACAGGCGGUGGCUAGCCGAGACGGCCAGGCUGCUGUCAUUGGCCGGCCAUACGACCCCCUCCAGUACAUCAGGAAUCGCAAGGUUCGGACACGAGAGCGGAAGGUCAUCGAGGGUGAGCAGCUGGGCUUUGGGGACGUCGAGUUAGUCCACGCGUGGGUCGAUCGCGUCAUUCAGCUGAACCCUGCGGGUCGCGUGGCCAACACGGCCAGGCCUGCUUUUACGAUGCCUCCCUUCCGCGAGGGUAAGGAAGGCCAGGAAGGCCAGGACGGACAGGUUCUGUCGGAGAGCAGAACGAAGCGCGCCCGGCGGCCGAGGGUAGACUGGUUCUUUGACCCAUGCGACAUGAUCGCGGAUGCCUACUGGCUGGAGCAGGACCACCACAAGCAGCUCAUCGAAGACCGUGAGUGGCGCAGGAUAUUCUCCCCGGCCGCUGCCGAACCUGCCACACGCCCGGCGUCACGCCGCGUCGACGAGUCCAGCAAUGGAACCCCCCUCCUGACGGCAGUAAGGACAACUAGCUCCAAGGACGAGAACCUGAACAUUCAGGAGCUGCGCCUUGAUCACAGCGACGACGAAGCGCCAGGCUCCACAGCAGAUCGCGCCAAGCAGAAGCUACACGGCCUCAAGGGCUUCCACCACAUGCACAGCAGCUCACUGCACAGCUACCACGACGUCCACGCCAGGAGGGACUCCUUCUCCGACGCGUCGGGCACCGACAGCGAUAUGCUCAGCAUGGUGGCCAAAGAGGCGAGGGAGCAAGAGCUUGAAAACGUGGCCGAGACAGAUGCCGAGUAUCUCGAGCCGCCUCGCGAGUCCUUAUAUCCUCCGGCGGAGGCUCCCGCCUCACACUCGCUUAGCCGAGCCCACAGCAGGAACACAUCAGUUGCAGACCUCAGUGAUUCAGAUCUGAGGUUGCUGGCCGGCAGCCACCCUGACUCACCCACAUCGCACCCCAUCGGGCGGCACAGCAUCGACGUGACGGAUGACCGGGGGGCAGUGUCUUCUGCCAUCAUGGCGGAAGCGGCGCUGUCAGCGCCUGUCUCGCCUGGAUUGCGUGGCAGGGAUCCCCUUUCCGAGGCUCCCGACUUUGCCUUCGAUUCUCCGCCUGCUCUUCGGAGGCUCUCGGUGUCGCCGACGCGGAACCGUCUGUCUAAGGUUAGGAGGAAGUUCAUGGACAAGUCAUACGACUCGGGCAUGGAGUCGCAGUCUGAUGCCGAAGACGAGCCGGCCGACACGUCAGGGAGGUGGCCGUCCAACGCGGCCACAGACGAGGCAGCAGCGGCGACCCCAACGCCCAAGGCACACCGUAGCUCUGCCGGCGUCACGCGCCAUCGCUCUUCCGAAGAUCAGUAUCCGUCCAUCGGCGUGCGCGGCUUCUUCAAGGGUCCCCGGCUAGAUACCGUCAUACGCGGCAGUGUGUCCAAGCUCGGCGACCUGCUAUGGAGAAAGGACGACAGCGACACUUCGGAUGAGGAAGAAAUCAUCACGGACGACUCUGGUGAUGAGCCUGAUACCGACCGGGCCACGCGCGGCGAAGGCAAGCAGCAGCAGCACUUUCUCGAUUCGAUGCCUCAAUUCCAGCGUGCCAGCGAAGCGCACAGGAGGUCCUCGUCCAUAACGAACGGCCCCAACCAGCAUCUACACAUACCUGCACCGGAUGAGCCGAGGCUACCGAGCCGUCAACCCUCAAAGUGGGAGCAGCUGAAGCCCCCGCGCAUCGACAUAAGCAGCGCCGCUCCCGGCCCAGGGGCAGCUGUCAAGAGCAUCAGCCACGAGGAUGAAGCACACCAGUCUAUUGACGGGGGUGGGCCCCGCGAAGCAGAAGCAGCUGCGUCUCUUCAGAAGAGACGGCUGAGCGACAUUUCCAGCGUGGCGUCGCCACUAGACACACGGUACAAGGCACGUAGGCAGGACUGGUCCCUCACGGAGAACAGCAAGGCCCGCCCGGAGCGUACGCAGCUGUCGCGUCGCGAGGUGGCCCGCAUGCGCGCCCUGAUCCUAAGCUCGGGCAUCAAGGCCAUGGAGAUUAACCGACGAGCCAACGAGCUACGCAACCCACCAAGACUAGCCCUGCCACCCUUCACCGAAGACAUGUACGCGUUCGGCUCCCGCGCGCUGGGCGCAGCGGUCCAGGCGUCGAGCCAGCGCUUGCAGGAGUCGGUGGAUGUGUUCACGGCCGAGACGGCCCCGGAUCUUCAACGCUGCAUAUGGGAGGUGCGUAGCCACGUGGCCAACGACCUGUCGGGGAUGGCGCGGCAGGCGGCCGACGAGGCCGAUUCGACGAGCGGGCAGCUGGCCUUCGAGCAGCCCCUGCGCGUCAAGCACGUGGCCGACGUCAUCGACAAGCUCUUGCGCAAGAGGCGGCAGAGGUUCCGGUGGGUCAGGCGCGCCCUCUGGCAGGCUGUCGAGUGGCUCCUCGUAGGCUUUAUGUGGUACGUCUGGCUUGUCGUCACGGUGCUCAAGGUGUUUGUCGGGUUGGGCAGAGGGAUAUACAGGAGUGUUAGAUGGCUGUUGUGGCUUUGA